CCUACGUAUGCAUAACUGUUAAAAGGGACAAUAUGAAAUUUCAGUCUACUUUUAAGCUUCUUCUUGGAGUGUUAAUUGUAUCACCGGUAGCUUCGUUCUAUCCAAACCGUCUUGGUUUGGUACAGUUAACAAAAAAUGACCAUACUUUAGAAGAUAUAACCGAGAGUGGUAUUCUACUAGCUGUUGCCAAGUACUUUGAAUCUAUUCCUCUACCUGAUAGACCGACACUGAACCCAGGAGAUCUCACGGAACUAGAACCACUAACCGCUUCAACUCUGUAUAGCGCAUAUUAUGGAGGGAAGGUUUCACCAAAAAAGUUCGAAACAGCAAUAAAAGAAAUAGUUUUAGAAAACAUUCGUAUUUCCAACAAGAAAUCUGAAAAGGCAUAUUGGCAUAUGAAUGGAGAGGCAAUGAAAAAAGGAAAUAAAAAGAUUAAAAAUCUGCGUACUUCCAUGAACAGCGUAUUGAAUGAUACGAUACCAGAUUACAGUGUCGCUAGGAUGUGGAUUGGACGAAUCCUGCACAUUAUGCAAAUGUUCUACAGUAAUACAGAUUGGCUUGAGAUGCAAGUUUACGAACAUUAUCUUAUAACUAAAUUAAUUAAACCAGAAGUGGUGAAUACGUAUGCUGACUUAGGUAUUAAUGGUAAGCCGUUUUUAGCGGUUGCGAACCCAGGACAGGAGACAUGCUUAAAUUGUAAAACCGGGGUUGGGGAAUACGAAUGUUUCUAUAACCGGCACAAAGCCAUCAAGGGUACUCGGUAUACAAGCGGUUAUCUUAGUGGUCAAGAUGUUAUAAAACCCGAAGAAGCAGGGAAGUGUUCGCAUGGUGGGACUUUUGACGAGACACGACACACAGAAGCAACUGGAGGAAUUAACAAACAGACAACCGACCCGUUCCUAUCACCCCAUUAUUAUUACCACAAAGAUGCUGCAAGGUUAGCAUUUGAGGCAACCAUGGACUAUUUUGUUCAUCCUGAUUAUGGAAUUUUGAACACAACUGGAGAAGUUGAUUUCCGAAGUAUUUUAAACCUUGGAACGGGUGCUACUCUUGCAAUGGUUAUCGAUGACACUGGAAGUAUGUCUGAAGAGCGAGCAUCUGUUAUUGCCGAAUGCAUUGCCAUUGUUAAUAAAACAGCUGGCACAGUAGAUGCUCCUUACAACUACGUCGUAGUCACGUUUAACGAUCCACUUUAUGGUCCAGCAUUCGUUACCAGAGACCCAGAUGAAUGCAUUGAAUACCUAAAGAAUAUUUAUGUAAGCGGUGGAGGCGACUGUCCCGAAAUGUGUUUGUCUGGAAUUGAGCUUGCAUUGACAAAUUGCCUUCGUAAUUCUGACGUAUACGUGUUCACGGACGCUGACCCUAAAGAUGAAUCCAAAAUGUUGAACGUGGUUGCAUUGGCGAAACAGACUAAUUCACGUAUACAGUUCAUCUUAACAGGAGAAUGUCCUACUGCAAAACGGCGUCGAGAUAUUGACCAGGUUAGUUCAUUAGCAAGUGGUGGUCCAAUGUCCUCAUCUUCAUAUGAUAUGAUAGCGGAGGAAAGCGGAGGUGCUGUUUAUCAAGGGAGCAAGAGUGAAAUAGGAGAAAUGGUGAAUCUUUUAGACAUAAAAGUUGGCGCGGCCACUGUGUACAUUGCUAAAAAUUACAUCACGAGAUUCCAGACUUCGUUAUUUGCGAUUGACGAAACCCUCAGCACGUUUACCAUAACAAUUUCAUCAGGAUCGUCGAUCAAUGCAAUUGUUUAUAACCCAUUAGGUACUAAAUUAGAUUUGGCAAGCACAAGUGUCACUGUAACUGUUAACACAACGUCAAUACUUUCUGUCACGGUCAGAUCACCAGAGCCCGGUGAAUGGUCAUGCAACUGUAGUGAUUCCAAUUUUUGUGACGUGGAAGUGAUAUCACAGAGUACUAUAGAUUUCCAAUACCAAUUGAUAACAGUAGAUGAGACUACAGGACUUGCAUACGACAUAGAUGGCAGUCCUAUAGCUGGAACUGAGUUGGUUAUUUAUAUAAAGGUAUUUGGAGUAAUAGACGUUUCUACAGUGGAUCAGGCAGAACUAGUUAGUUCAUCCGGUGUAGUAGUCAGAUAUAUACGACUUUCGAAGGUAGAAAGCGAAACCGACGAUACUUAUUUUGGAAACUUUAUUGUUCCAAGUGAGGUUUUUUCGGUAAGUCUUCAAGCUAGCGAUGAAGGUGGUAACAUUAUACGACGUCUACAGCCAACUACCGUAAGACCAGAAACGUUUCAGCUGGUGCAUUUAUCAAGUGAUACAGAAGAAUUGAUUGCCGGAUCAUCUAUCGUUACCAAAUUCAGACUAAUCAAUACAGGACCACGAAAGCUGUUCAAUAUAUCCGACUCCAUUACUGGAGGAGGCACCUCUGUUUCCUCAAGUAUAAGUCCGUCAUCUGUUUAUGCUUCAGCUUCAAGUGAAGGAAACAUCACCUAUACUUUGUAUGCCUCAUCAGCGGCUCAAAUAGGAACUCCUAUAACUGUUACAGUGAGAGCCGAGGACACUUCCACUGGAUCAUUUAACUAUGUUGUAUUCUCGACAUCUGUUGAUGGUGCAUCGACGCUG